CAAAUCCAGAUGCGUCACCUCGCAUAACCGUUUCGUUCCGAUGGUAGAGAAAGCGACACCGUAAAACGUUGUUUAUAGGUUUCGGUGAUUUUUGUGUUUUUGUGAAUAAUCCAAUAAUGUCUACGUCCAGUAGUGUGCACGAAGACCUCCGGGACUGGGAAGCGGAAGAUUUUAAUUCGUCAGGCUGCGGCGACAUGUCGUUUGAGAUAUCGGGCGACAGCAUCGUGAGUCCGCAACCCGUGAGGAAAAUGGGCGAUUACGUCCGCUGCGAGAACAACAAUCGGACGCCGGCGCCGACGAAACUGUCGUUCAGUCCGCCGUACAAAAGGGUCAGAGCUUUGAAACUGCUGGACAGCCCGCUGACGCCGAAGACGAUAGUCCAAAAAAGCUUCGCUUCCAGCACGCAGUUGCCCAGGAGCAGGCUGUUCAGCGACAAACCGACGUCGGUUCCGAGCUCCUACACGCAGAAAGAUGACAAGCCCCACGCGAACGUAAACCCCUUCACGCCCAAUGGAAUGCUUUUGUCCAAGAAGAGGACGCGAUCGAUAAGGUCUCUGGGCGAGUCUCCCAUAUUUAAACCGUCAAAACUAGAUUUGAAUGAUUCGGACGCCUCGGACAUUGAAAUCGAACAACCGACGAAAAGAAUGGCCUUGCAGGAAAGCAACAUCCCUCGGUAUCAUAGGGAGUUCCACGAAAUCGAACUCAUAGGCAGGGGGCAGUUCGGGUCGGUUUUCAAGUGUGUCAACCGCUUGGACGGCUGCGUGUACGCGAUCAAAAAGUCCACGAAGCCGGUGGCGGGCAGCUCCUUCGAGAAAACGGCGUUGAACGAAGUGUACGCGCACGCGGUCUUAGGGAAACACCAGCAUGUGGUCCGUUACUAUUCGGCCUGGGCCGAGGACAAUCACAUGAUCAUACAGAACGAGUAUUGUAACGGGGGCGCCUUGUCCGAUAAAGUCGCUCAGGAGGCGCUUAGUGCCAUCGAACUGAGACGUAUGCUGUUGCACGUCGCCGAGGGCCUCAGAUACAUCCAUUCUGAGGGUCUGGUACACUUGGACAUAAAACCUGGGAACAUAUUCAUCUCCAUCGAGAAAAAGAUAAACAUUACGAACUACGACUCGGCCGACGAUGGGUUCGAAGAUGUGGAGGAGGGCUCGUUGUACGAGGAGGAGCUGACUUACAAAAUAGGCGACCUGGGACAUGUGACCAGCCUCAGCAAUCCCCAGGUGGAGGAGGGAGACUGCCGUUACUUGCCUGACGAGAUACUCCACGAGGACUACAGUCACCUGACGAAGGCAGAUGUGUUCGCUUUGGGAUUGAGCGCGCUCGAGUGCGCAGGCGCGGGACCCUUGCCCAAGAACGGACCUGAGUGGCACGCCCUCCGCCGAGGCGAGAUACCAAAACUACCCCAGAAACUGACCAAGGACCUCCUCGAACUGAUCAAGUCUAUGAUCCACCCAAACCCGAUGGAACGGCCCAGCACGGUGCAACUGCUCCAGCACCGCGCCCUCAACCCCGACUGUAGCAAAACCAAGGCCGCCCUAACCAGGGAGUUGCACGCUGAAAAGAUGCGCAAUGAGAUGCUAGUCAAACAGUUGAAGGAGGCGGCUUUGUGUAUCAAAACGAUCGCCAGUGACAGCAUAAAAGUACCCAACAUCGCGAGGCUGAGUUCGCGGCUCAUAGGGAAAAAGGUGAACAGGAGCGUCAGCACGACCACGUUUUAGCACUAUUUUUUAAUUUUUAGGAGGGGGGGGGGUUGAGCUAUUUUAACUUUAUUUUGCCAUUGUUUUUUUUAUUCUCAGUAUUUCAUUUUUUACAGAUUAACUUUUGAAGUACUUCGUUUAAUAUAUCAACAAAAUCGUAUUAUUAUGAACCCCUUGCCACAUAGGGUAAAUUUUUAUUAGACGAAGUUGUUUAAGAAUUACCGGGAGAAGAAUUCAUUUCUCGCGGCGUGCAUUACUUUCUUUAUUCUAUGUGAACGUCGGCCGCCUUAUAUACAAUUUAUACGCGCGACACUGAGAUUUCUGGUGCUUUUUCUAUUACGCAUUAAAGAAUUUUAUGGAACUAACAUUGCCCACAUUGCGCGUUAACCUUAUGCAAUAAGCAGUAUACUUUAGGAUGUAGUUUUCAAGAGGAUGAUGAUACUUGGUUGUCUCAAUUUUUUUUUCGUGUUAUUCAAUUUGGAAAUCACCAAUUUGGAGUUGCUGGGAGCACGUUAUCCUUUUUUUUGUGAUACGAUAUGUAAAAUAGUGUUAGUGUUUGAAACUCAUGGCUGUAUCGGAUGUUAACGUUUUGAGUCGCUCUCGUUUCAAAAUUAAGUUUAAUACUUUUGUCUUAGCGGUUGUUGGAUGGUAUGUAUGUGAUAAUAAUAUUUUGUAAGCCAUAGAUAUAAAUGCGUCUCAUUAUUUUAUUACUAAGUUUUUUCUUUGACUCUGCUGGCUGAAUCGUCUAGCCCAGGCUAUUUUGUAUACAUUCCUCUUUGAAUAUGUGCCUUUUAUUACUUGUAUCAUUUAAUUUUUAAUGUUAUUUUAUAUUGUCAAAGUACCAAAUAUAUUUUAGAACAAACUUCGGUUUUAUUUUCGUAUGGCCGAUGACGACUGUCGAGGGAACGCGACGUCAUCGCCUAUUAGAUAAUAUUCGCCCUAGUACGGUAAAGUUCAUGCGGCUCAGAGGCUAUUGAUAACCAACAAACAUUUUUGCACCAUUUCCUUUCUAAGGAGCGAUUUCCCCACACUUAACUCGUUUUCCCAGGCUUAUUACUUAUUGGCAAUAUUGGUUGUUGAAUGCUUCGAGGUCAUUGGUUAAAACGAAUUUUUAAAUUUCGCGCAUUCGCGUGUUUAAUGUCGAUUCAUAAUUUCCAGCAUUAUUGGCUAUGAGGGGAAUGCAUAGCAAUUUUCACACACUUAGCUCAUAUCCGCAGAUUGUUUAACGAGACGUAGGCAAAUUUUGGGAAAAUACUAUAGUAAAAAUGCUGCAUCAAAACUUAUUGACGUUGGUUGUUGAAUGCUUCAAGGUCUUUAGUUAAAAAGGAAAUUAUAUAUAGACCUUUUCAAAAUGUUUCUGUAUUAUCUGUGUAAUGC